AUGGUUGAAAAUAAAAGGCAUAAAGAAAAGUUAACACAAAACAAGGUCCUAGUUACCUUCGUAAGCACGAGAGAUAAGCUCAAUCAAACACUUUCUCUGACUACUUUCUUACAGUCUCUCGCCGACACAAACCGGAUUACCAGAGGAGUGACGAACCUCAACCCAACAGCUGUCCGCACCCAACACCAUCCACACAAAAAUCAUACCCAAUUCCCUUCAACCUCAACAGAUCCAACUCCGAUAACUCACUUAUUUCUUCCCACAAAAGCCACCAUGGAUCCUCCAGAGCAACGUCGCAAGAGAAAACGAUUCGUCAGACCACCAUACUCUCCUAAACACUUACUCUCUGUAAGAUCUCUCACCUCAUCCUUCUUCUUCCUCACUUUCCUCUACUUCUUAUCCUUUCGAUUUUUUCCCAUAAACUCAUCCACCUUUCACCCCAUUUUAGUAGUUUCAAGCUUAUCUUUGCUGUCAUCCUCUUCAAGUCGUUCAGUUCAAAAUCAUUUCAAUGGCGAUGAUUUGUUGUCGUCAUUAAGAAUAGAGGAUCGGGUUCUUUUUCCCGACCACGUCUUGCUAUUGGUGUCGAGUACGAAGAGGAAUAUAAAGAAUAGUGAAGGAAUGGAAUGCGUUUAUGGAAGAAAUCUCUUUAAGCGUUAUGAUUCUUCUGAUGGCGUUGCUGCUGUUAAGCAUAGUGUUUUGUCAGUGGAUGAGUAUGAUGGGUUUCGAUUUAUCGCCAGGUGUCCGGUUCCACCGGCAAAUCAUUCAGCUGCAGUGAAUUUACAGAGGCGUGGAGGGAGUGUGGCGGAAUUGGGUGGUGAUUAUGGUUUGUUGAAGAGCAAUCAGACGGUUUAUUCUUGGGAAAAUGUGGCAUAUGCGGCGGUUUUGGAUGGGAAAACGGUGGUGGUGUUUGUGAAGGGAUUGAAUUUGAGACAAGAAAGGAAAUCAGAUCCUACCCAAUAUAGCUGCCAUUUUGGUUUGAGGAAUUGGGAGAGAGAUGGAGGAUUUGCACUUGCAACCAGAGCUAUUACGGCUGCUCAAGAGGUUGUGAGGUGUUCUUUGCCAAGGAGUAUGAGGAAGAAUCCGAUUAAGGCUGAGGGGAUUCGGGUUACCAUUGGGGUGACAGUGACACCCCAUGUUCAUGCCAGAGCUCAUGAGCAAGUGCUUGUGCCUUCUGUGGCCAAGAUUUGGAAGCAUAAGCCGGAGAAGCAGAGGAAUAGAAAGGGAAAGUAUGAGCUCUGUGUGUGCACAAUGGUGUGGAACCAAGCUUCUUCACUUCGAGAAUGGAUUAUGUACCAUGCUUGGCUUGGAGUUGAGAGAUGGUUUAUAUAUGACAACAAUAGUGAUGAUGGAAUCAAGGAUGUCAUUGAAGAGCUUGAGCUAGAGGAUUAUAAUGUUACUAGGCAUCUAUGGCCAUGGAUUAAGACUCAAGAAGCAGGUUUCUCGCACUGCGCUCUCAGAGCAAGAGAUGAAUGCAAUUGGGUUUCUUUCAUGGAUGUUGAUGAAUUCUUCUACUUCCCAUUUCCAACUCCUCGGCUUCAAAGAAAAAGGAAAUUGGGGUUUCCAGGGCAGAAUUCCCUUCGGAACUUGGUUGCAAAUUUCUCAUCAUCAACAAGAGUUGCCGAGAUCAGAACAGGCUGCCACAGCUUUGCGCCAUCUGGGUUGAAUUCACCACCCUCACAAGGAGUCACAGUAGGGUACACUUGUCGGCUUCAGAGUCCCGAGAGGCAUAAAUCAAUUGUCCGCCCGGAUGCUCUCGACAUUACCCUUCUUAAUGUGGUGCACCACUUUCAUCUUAGUAAGGGUUUCAAGUACCUGAAUUUGCCUCAUAGCAUAGCUGUGAUAAACCACUACAAAUAUCAGGUGUGGGAGGUUUUCAGAGCAAAGUUUUUCAGAAGGGUUGCUACCUAUGUUGUUGACUGGCAAGAGAGCCAAAAUGAAGGAUCAAGAGAUAGAGCACCCGGGUUGGGGACAGAGGCCAUUGAACCACCCAAUUGGCGACUACAAUUCUGUGAGAUUUGGGACACUGGUCUGAGGGACUUUGUUCUAGCCAACUUGGCUGAUCCUGAAUCUGGGUCUCUGCCCUGGGAGAGGUCUCCUCUGUGACCUGUGAAACAAGGGCUAGUUGAAGCAUGCCUGCCCAUGUAAAACAGAUCAAUCACAGUUUUUCUUUCUUUCCAUUCUUUCACCAUUUUGUACCUGUUUUCCCUUUUUUUGUUAGACAUGCAAGCGAAGAAAUACCAUAGAUUAGAUAGGGGGUUCUUAGAUAGUUGUAAUUUUGUGGCAACAUAAUAUAAUUUUUUUAAUUCUU